AUGGUCUCGGCACCAUCCACAAGCGACAAGCGCGGGCACCACCUCAGGGUCCUCUCGGUGGGCCUCCCGCGAACCGGUUCCAAGUCUAUGUUACGCGCCCUCGAAAUUCUCGGCUAUCGGAACGUCCAUCAUCUUGGCCAGAUAUGGUGGAAGCCGCGGGAGUGGGCGUUCCUCGACCGUGCUGCAGAUGCGAGUUUCCCUAGCCUGUCCACACACAGGCCCGACCUGAGUCCGGUGGACUGGGACGUGAUGUUUGGGGAAAAUGAGGCCAUAACGGACGCCGCUGGUAUCUUUGGCCCUCAGCUUAUUGAGGCGUACCCUGAUGCGAAAUGCAUUAUGGUCAUGCGGGACUUUGAUGCAUGGGCUCGGAGCGUCGAUGAGACAUUGCUGUCAUACUUGUUUAGCUGGUUUAAAGCGGGUGAUGCGAGGAAGAAAGAGGUGCUGCGCAGGUAUUAUGACGAGCACUAUGCCACGAUCCAAAAAAUGGUCCCGCCCGAUAGGUUGUGCGUGAUGAGACUCGGUGACGGCUGGGAGCCACUGUGCCGCUUCUUAGGUCAUGAAAUACCGGAGGUUGCCUUCCCACACGAGAACGACACCAAGGAGAUGCACCUAGGGUGGCAGUACCUCAGGUGGGGCAUUUCGAAGGUGGCCGCCAAGAGAUCCAUACCUUGGGUCCUUGGCGGUAUUGCUUUAACGCUGGGUUCUAUGAAACUCCUAUGA